GCCAAGAAAAAUAAUCCUCCCCUCCUGUAGCAGAGUACAGCUAUCUGCACCGCCCCUAGCGCUGCUCCUGCCGCCGGACUAUGAGUAAAUACAUCCCGGCAUAAUAACCCUUUGUCAUAAGAGAAAGAAACGCGAUUUGCGACGGAGAUAAAUAAUUGAAAAAAAAUGCGGCUGUCCGACUGCGCAUCCCUGGGAGUGAAUAGGGAAAUGCUGCGCCAGUGUCCCGGCUGAGAGACGGAGCCGAUCUUACCCAACAUAAGCUCCCUGAGCUUUCUCUCCCCCUCUUGUCACUACACAAUACCGCCGCCAAACAAAACAAAACAAAAAUCAUCGUUUCAAACAUGCGUGCAGGGAGACAGGAUAAAAGUUUUGUGUUGGCCAAUGCAUCCCUGCGCUGGUCCCAUCCUGCAGAAGCAUGUCCCGUCGGAAACAGAAACGACCCCAGCAGCUUAUGAGCCUGACCCUCGGUGCCUGUCGGAUACUUGAGCAUGUUUCCCCAGAAGACAACUUGGCAGUGAAGUCAAACUCCUUUCCAUUUGUUGCGGAUUCUCCCUUGUGCUCUCCAUCUUCUUCUCCUCAAAGGCCCCAGCUGCCCCCUGCUCUCCGUUCAUCUUUCAAGGGCUCUCAGAUCCCCCUUCCAACUGCUGAGGGUCCAUCGUCGCCUUGUUCACCAAGACAGCCGUCACAGCAGCCCCUCAAAGACCUACAGCCCCCCGUCUCUCCAGACUUCCCUUACUCUUCUCUCUCUGCCCAAACAAAACAUCCACCUGCCCUUCGACUGUCAGACUGCAAUUCUGCUUCUUUUGCCACCGCCAAUCACCCUUCCCGAAGUGCACACAUGGCCUCUCCCAAGUUGGGGCUGUCUGCCACUACCACCACGUCUUCCUCUUCGUCAUCAUCCUCUGCCUCCCUGUGUCCUCCACCGCACCCUGGAAGCCCCAGUCGUGUGCCCGAGGGCCCACCAAGUCCUGUUACUCCCACCCCAAGCCCAGGAGUGACAUCUGCCUCAGCUGCACCCUCAAGGACCCAGCUGAGCAUUGCCCUCAUCCUGGAGGAGCUUCGGGUGCUGCAGCAAAGGCAGAUCCAUCAGAUGCAGAUAACAGAGGAGAUCUGUAGACAGGUGCUACGUCUCGGAGGAGCCUCCUAUAGCAUAGACACACCCUCCCAGCAUCUCCUUCCUCCCCUGCCUCAGCUCUGCUUAGAAGGUAGCAAACGGGCAUCCAGCCCAGUAACCCAGACAACUGAACCUCAGACCUCCACCUCUGUGGCUCCUCUUCUGGCGUGUUUCUCCUCCUUGCUCCCCUCUCAGGCAGCCAACAAACCCAUACAAUCAUGCAGUUCCCUGUCUCAAAUAUUACAGCCUCACAAGCCACAGAUGGAAGGGACAGGAGGGACUGCAGGGACUCAUGGUUUCCUGAGGGUGAGUUCUCAGUCCUCAGCUCCAUCCACCUCUUCUGCUUCUGCUAUCUCCAUGGCUUCCUCCACCUAUCCACUGGCCCUGUCUUUAGCUUUACCAAAUCGCUAUCUUCAUGAGAAAUCGACAAACACCACCUCAGUGAGUGGGCACAGUGGUUUGUCCUUCCUGCACUCACCCAUUCCCACAUCAGUAUCAAUUGUCCCAAAUUCGCAACAUGCAUUGCAGUCUGUUUCUGGAGGAGGAGACUCUUCUUCUGCUUCUGGUUCCAGUGCCACUGUCCGUCUCCAGCACGGUUGCCGCUUUUGUGGGAAAAUGUUCAGCAGUGAUUCUGCCCUGCAGAUUCAUCUCCGCUCACACACAGGAGAACGACCUUACCAGUGUCCAGUGUGCCUCAGUCGCUUCACCACACGAGGCAACCUCAAGGUGCACUUCCUGCGGCAUCGUGAACAAAACCCAGAGCUCUCCCUUUCACUGCUGCCACCAUCUUUGUUUGGGGUAGCUUUAGGGGCCACUGGAGGGGCAGAUGUGGGGCAGACCAUGAGCAGUGGGAGCAGCAAUACCGGGAUAAAUAUUGCACAGAAGAAGAGAAAAAACAGAGGUGAGGAUGAAACAUGUGGAGAUAAUUUGGAGGUCAGUGGAAUCAGUACUGGACUUUCUCUGGGGGGCUCUGGAGGGUCGACCCCCUCCACCCUACCACUACCUCCCAGUGUGGAUCUGGCUCUGAUUUCUCACUCUCUCCUGCAGUUAAAUAGGGCUGCAGCUGUAGCUGCUGCAGCCUCUAUUGCCUCUGGCUCAUCCAACUCAUCCUCUUCCACUUCAUCCUCCACCUCUUUGGCUACCUCCCUCCUUUCAAAUCCUUCCUUGUCUUCGUCUUCCUCCAUCACAGGGUUAUUUAAAGGUGCCAAGCAGCAGCAGCACUUUGAUGAAAACACUCCCCCUCAUGCCCCAAUGCUUUCUCCCGCAGCUUACUCCCAGCUCGCAAACCUACCUAAGCUUCUUUUCCCAACUGCUUCUUCUUCUACUUCUUCCUCUGCUCCAGCUCCACAUUCAUCUCUGUACAACCAUCCAGCCUUGGGCUUGCUACGCACCUCACUACCGACUACUCCAGGCUCCAACCAACUUGCUUCCUCUAGCCAUUCCCUGCUUUCUUUUCCUUUCUCUUCCUUUCCUAAAGCCCCAGGUCCAUCCACCAGCAUUCCAUCAUCUCUGCCUUCCUCCAUAGCUACCCCUACUCCUACAUCUGAAACCUCUAAGUUGCAGAGGUUGGUGGAGAAGCUAGAGAAGGCCCCUACCUGCUCUGCUUCUCCGUGGACUUCUUCCUCUGCUUCCACUUCCAUGCUGGAUAUUAUAUCAAGCAGUACGACUACCUCUUCGGCAAACAGUCGUUUCACAAAUUCCGGCACUUCUACUACAUACGUUAUGGCGUCGCAGCCAUCUUCAAGUCUUGUCACCACCUCUGUUUCAAAUUUCACCCGAGAGAUGGUUGCUGCCCUAGGCAUGAGUGCCAAUGGAGCAAAUGCCAUGGCAGGGGGCAUCCUACCAUCACUGAUCACAGGUCCAGCUAGUAGUCUGACCACCAAUCAGUGUGGAGUUUGUCUACGGGUGCUAAGCUGUCCCAGAGCACUGCGGCUGCACCAGGCUACACACCUUGGAGAACGUCCUUUUCCAUGUAAGAUAUGUGGACGUUCCUUCUCUACCAAAGGCAGCCUGCGGUCACAUCUUGCCACCCAUCAUGCCCGACAACCUAAUGCACGUGCCCAGAACUCUUGCCCAUUGUGCCAGCGUAAGUUCACUAAUGCCCUAGUACUGCAGCACCACAUUCGUAUGCACCUUGGUGGACAAUUGCCCCCAGAUGGCGCAGAGGAUUCCGUACAUGAAAUGCCAGCUGAAUCUAACACCAAACCUUUAUCACAAUUUCAUCCCAAGUCUACUCACCCAAAUACUGCCUCUAAUAGAACACCACCUCCGACUGGUCCAGCUCCAAGCUCAGGCUUUCAGGCUCCUUCAAGUGACACAGUCUCUGUCUCUGGCAGUAUGAAAUCAGUUGAGUUCACUGAAACUCCCAGUAAGUCUGCAUCCUCCAGCCCAGACCACAUCCCACCCUCUGAUCUCAGCCCCGAUCCCUUCAUGAAUCCCACGACAGAAACUCCCCCACCUGGCAGUGCAGACCCUCCUGUCCUUUGUGUCAGUGUCCCACUUCCAGCCUCACAGCGGACAGAUCAACCUUCCCCAGCUGGUGAAGACAACCAAGAUCAACAGCAAGAAGCUGUUGAUUUCCACCUUCCUAAAUCUAUUCCUUCACCACUUCCUGAUGAUGUUACCAAAACCACAGAGCCAUCUACUGUUAUGAUGGUGGACUGCGAAGCAGAGGAAGCAGCUUCCUCCUCUGAUGUCUUCCCUGGAUCUAAAUCUAACCUUGGAGACAGACAAAGCCCCCCUGCCCUUGGUGCUCCCUGUACUUACACCUGUCCCAGUACCACCAGUAAUGAUGUUUCUGAUAAUCCAGUGGUAAACUUGGAAUCAGACUCCAUUUCUCCAAGGCCCCAGUCACCAGAACCUAUGGAAGAAGAUAAAAAUCAGUCUCCCCCACGUGUAACACCAAAGCAAGACCAAGUAACUGUGCCUAACGAAGACCCCACACUGGAGACUACAGACACUAUAGGGGCUGAAGUAAGGAGUGGCUCACAGAGAGCAACCACUUUUGUAAGAGAGACACGCCAGAGCUUGCAUUUUGGUUCAUGUGGGAGAGAAGACCAAGGGAAAGGCAUUAACAUCGGUGGAUUGGCUCCAGGUGAAGCUGUGGAUGCUUCUGUCCCUAUCAGCCUCGCUCCAACCCUCCCAUCUCCGAUGUCUCGUCCUGAGAAGAAGACCUAUAGCUGUGCUGAGUGUGGAAAAGAAUAUGCCAGCCGCAGUGGACUAAAGGGGCACAUGAAGCACCAUGGCGUGGUAACCAAAACAUCCCGUCCACCAGCUCGUAGCAGUCGUUCCUCCACUGACCAACUUCCUUCUACAACAUCUUUGACUUCCUCAAACAUUCCAGCCACCAGGAGCUCAGCAGGCUUCUGGAACCAGUACCAGGCCUUCCUCAACACCAGUACUGAGCCGACUGGUGGCCCGACCUCUAUAGGCCAAGGAGAAAAUGAGCCAGAACCUGUACAACCACAGGUGGAUUUAAGAGCUUCUGAUGAAGCUGGGGAAGAGUCAAAUGAAGGGUCAUAAGUUAAGUCACUAUGAUUGGCUAGAAAAUUCUCUGGUGAUUUCAAUCAUUGUGUACCUCUUGGAGGAAAUGUAUGAAGAUUUGCAUUGUACUACUUUAACACAUUACAGAUAGCCUGUCAUUUUGAUAGUCGGAGUAAUAUGUUCGUAUGUGAACGUCGUGAGUCAG